AUGAAGACCUAUAUCGUUCACGUACAAAAGCCCAAGGGCACCAAGUUCCUCCGGUUCAAGAACCGAAUAGCUUGGUACAAGUCCUUCUUGCCCAACACGACCAUCGACUCAGGGGAGCCACGGUUAAUCUAUGCAUACCGCCACGUGAUUAGUGGCUUCGCUGCCAUGCUGACCCCCAAGGAAGUGGAGGCCAUGGAAACAAUGGAAGGCUUCGUGCUAGCGUACCCAGAGAUAGAGCACGUAGCUCAAACAACCUCUAGUCCCGAUUUCCUGGGGCUGAGCCGAUGGGAUGGCCUCUGGGUAGACACCUUCUUCGGCCAUGGGCAAAUCAUUGGUGUAAUCGACUCGGGUGUUAAGCCGACCCAUCCUUCCUUCAGGGAGCGCGGGAAUAUGCCGCCGCCACCUGCAAAGUGGAGGGGCAGUUGUUACUGGGGCCCGCCCGUUUGCAACAAGAAGCUUAUCGGAGCCAUGGCUUUCUGGCACCGUUGGAACCCCAACCCAGAAGACACAUAUGGCCAUGGUACUCACACGGCUAGCACCGCCGCGGGAAGCUUUGUUGAUGAUGCCGACGUUCUUGGCCAGGCCAGGGGCACCGCGUCCGGCAUGGCACCUGGAGCUCACCUGGCAAUCUACAAAGUGGUAUUCGAAGGGCCAGGACAAAACUCCACUGGCACCAGCAGUGAUGUUUUGAGAGGAAUAGACCAAGCUAUCCGUGAUCGUGUAGACAUACUUUCGAUGUCCCUCGGCGCAACCAAUAUAAGCCUCCACCAGAGCAGCAUUGCCAUAGCAUCUUAUGCAGCAAUCACAAGGGGAAUCCUUCCCUGCGCCAGCGCAGGAAAUGACGGGCCGAUCAAAAGCCUUAUAGGCAAUGAUGCACCAUGGAUUCUAACAGUCGGAGCAAGCACUAUGGAUAGAAGGAUAAGGGCGAUUGUCACAACUGGAGAUGGGGCAGAAUUCUAUGGGGAAUCUGCCUACCAGCCAGACACAUCCAAUGCCACACAGCAGUUGCCUUUGGUGUACCCAGGCGUUCUGAAAACAAAAGAUACCUUACUGUGCUUAAACGGCUCCUUGGAUAACAUUGAUGUCAAGGGAAAGAUCGUGCUGUGUGGGAGAAGAGGCAACGAAGCUGUCGAAAAGGGCAUGAUCGUCAAGGCAGCAGGAGGGGUUGGCAUGAUUCUCAUGAACCAAAAUAUAGAUGGAAACACAACAGAUGCUAACGCUCAUGUCCUUCCAGUCGCCGAAGUCAGCAAUGCUGAUGCAUUGAAGAUCUUAAAGUACUUCGAGACAACGCAGAAUGCUAGCGCUGCAAUUACCUUCAACGGCACACAAUUUGGAGAACGUCCAACACCCGCUGUGGCCGCCUUCUCUUCUAGAGGCCCAAGUCUCCAUAAUGGCAACAUCAUCAAGCCGGAUGUCAUUGCUCCCGGCGUGAACAUAUUAGCUGCCUGGCCCUUUGAAGUCGGACCGAACAAGACUGGCACUCGCAUGACAUUUAGAUUUGCAAGCGGCACUUCCAUGGCCGCGCCACAUGUCUCGGGGAUCGUGGCGCUGCUCAGGAACAAUCACCCGAAUUGGUCGGUUGCUGCGAUCAAGUCGGCAAUCAUGACAACUGCAUACACGCAGGACCGCGAUGGCAAGCCCAUCACUGAUCAGUACGAUGGCAAUGGAGCCAGCGUCUUUGCCAUGGGCUCAGGACAUGUUGAUCCGGUGGCAGCCAAUGAUCCUGGUCUCAUCUAUGAUAUCCAGCCCCAUGAUUACAUUCGCUACCUUUGUGGCAGUGGAUUCACAGACAGACAAGUCACAGCUAUAGUUCGAGGAGUGGUAAACUGUUCUCGAGUGCGCGCAAUCAGUGCAGAACAAUUGAACUAUCCUUCGAUUGCAGUAUAUCUCAGUUUGAGUUCAGCUACAAAGACUAUCGAACGGACGGUCACAAUUGUGGGCAAUGCCAAAACUGUCUACAGGGUCCAAUUUGAAGAGCCAGAAGGGGUAAGAGUUGAUGUUUCUCCUAAAACUCUUCAAUUUUCUCAGGUUGAUGAAAAGAAAAGCUAUAACGUCACUCUGAGCGUCAUCGGAGGCACCACUCCGGUCGCAGGCCAAGUUUCGGAAGGGAAUCUCGCCUGGGUAUCUGGAAAGUACUAUGUGAGAAGUCCCAUUGCCGUCAGGUUUACUUGA